AUGAAGGAGAUGGCAAUGACCUAUACAUCACAAGACAAGAUAAAGACAGAGGUGACUGAGCACUUCAAACAACUACAUGAUCAACUGAUCAUUGAGGAGCAUAGAAUCAAUCGGCAACUCAUCGAUGAGAUGGACAAAGCAACAACUACAAUCAAUGAUAUCAUCAAGGAGUUGAACAACAUUGAUGCAAUAUUCAAUUGUUCAAGCAUUGGACAGUACAUACAAUCUGAAGACAGCUCACUUGUGGAUUGGAUCAUCAAUAGUAACUCAUUGGAAGAGUUUAUUUCCAAUAAUGUACCAGAAGGUCCUGCUUUGCUACCCUCCGAUCAAGAAGUCGCAUUGGAUGACUAUGAGUUGUUGGGAAUGUACAUAGAUGCACUACGUCACAUUGAGUCAGCAUCGUACAACCUCCCCGAGGCCUACCAUCUCGAGGUGAGCAGCUCAUUGCUGGAGAGCACGAGACAGACGUUAUACUCGUGCUUCAAACUCACCCAUCACUACAAGGUGUUCUCAGCCAGUCUAAACGACACGGCGCUGUUCGAUCCUCACACAGGCGAAUGGACAACAAUUGGCAAGGGUCUUGACAUAGAGACAGAGAAUGAGCGAUCGGAAUCAAUGGUGUAUGCGCGAGGCAAUGUCUACAUGUUUGGCAUCAGAGAUUCAUCGACAUACUCCCGCUUCUCAAUGUCUGAGAGGAGGUGGCAUCAUGACAUACCAAUCGUUGGUGUGCAGGGAGGUCGAUGCAUAUCGGUGUGCUACGAUGGUCAUAAAUACAUCUAUCUGCUUGGUGGACAAUUAGACAGCGCGCUUCAACCCCUUGAUCGAGUGGAUCAGUUCAACAUCGAGACACAACAAUUCAGUCCAUUAUCAAAGAUGGUGGAAGGCACUCGCGACUCUGUUUCCUUCCUCCACAAAGGACAGAUCUACUCAUGCACUGUAGGAGCGCGGGGUCUAAUCCCUGCGCUAAUAUACACUAGUCUGUUACAGUCUGGCGGCCCUUCGACAAACCUGUGCACUUAUAACAAAAACCUCAAGGACAUCAUGAUAUGUUUCUAUGGUGGUGAUGACGGAGCUGGGAUAGGCAAACUCUACAUUCAUGACGAUCAUAAUCAGAUGUACUUGCUAUCGUUCAAUGAGAAUGACAACAAGAUCACACAGCUCACACAGCUCAUUGGAGGAGAGUGUCCUAUCGUACCUUACAAAUGGCCCAUUGUUGUACCAGGCUUUAAUGCAGCCAUCCACCUUGGUGGAAAGGAUCAAAACUACAAAUACUCAUUCUCAAAUAACAAAUGGUCACAAAUGAAGCAUAUAGACAAUGUUGGGACUAGAAGAGGCCAUCUUCAUUGUCUGUUGUCUCCUUCAAACUAA